AUGAUUGAAUCCAAAGUGAAGAAUGAUCCGUCGAUAUUGAUGAAGAACAAGGGUAAAAUGGCUGCUUUAAUCUUGGGCGAGAUUGUUAACCCUAAUAGUGGGAAUAUGCAGAGUAGCAGUGGUGAAACCACCAAUACAACUCCCAACAAUAGCAAUAGCAGUAGUAAUGGCAAUAGCAACAACAUAGCCACCGCCGCGCCAACAGCACGCUCAGAGGAUAGCAUCUUAAGCAUAGUUGAUAAAGAUAUUCAAGAAAAGAUUAUCGACUCGUCGGAGUUUCAUAAUUCUUUAAAAAUAGAGUUGAUGGACGUUAGGAGAAAAUUGCUUGGUAUUAGCGAUGAAGAGUUUGAGCGUAUGAAAGCAGAGGAAAGAGCAAAAUUUGAAAAGCAAGAGGAAGAAGCAAUAGCAGAAAAGUUGAAGUUGGAACAAGAACGGGAAGAGAACGAAACGCGUAGUUUUUUCCAGGGUAAAAGUUUUAAUAACGGUACGAAUGUACUGAGCAGUAAUUAUCGUGUGGGUAAGCCAAUGACUUCACAUUACCGAAAUGGAGACGACAAACUGGCACAAGAAAAGAAUGAAAGGAAAAAAAAGGAUAAAGUUCCUGUCAUGAUGUAUUAA